AUGCAUACUAACAUAAUUAAGUACAUUGAUGAAGUAGAUCUUGAACUUGUAAAUCAAGAAUUAAAUUUUCAUUCUCCAGAUAAUAAUUUGGUAAUAAGAGGUGGUUGUGAAUUAUUUACUACUAAACCAAUAGGUUCAGAUAGGAAAUUAUUCAAAAGUAUAGACAAGCAUUUAAAUCAAAUUAUAGAAGAUAAUCAACUAUCUCGAUCAAUUGAAAAAGAACGUCAAAAUUCAAUCAGUUCAUUAUUUGGAAGUAGUGCUAGUUCUCCGUUAUCUGCCAUAGAUAAAGAACUAAGGUUAGGUACGAAUCUGGAAACUAUAAAGUUUGAAAAAACUGGUUCUAAUAAGAACGAUGAAAAACAAAAUAGUUCUUUAUUAUCUAAAUCUUUAAAUGAAACUAAACAACUAGAAGAUGAAGAACAUGCAAUUGACGAUACCCCAUUUGGUCCUUUGAAAAAUGUUACAACUAGGAAAACAUUUGCUUAUUUGAUAGCUAUAUUAAAUAGUAGUUUUCCCGAUCAAGAUUUCACCAAUUUGCAGCCAACUAAUGAAAAUUUUUAUAGAAUAGAAACACCAGAAGAUUUGGUUCAAAAAUUUAAUAAUAUACUUAUACCUUUAGGUAAAAAGGAAGACAUUCUAAAUUGGAUUUGGGAUAUAAUAAAUUCUUAUAUGGAGGUACUUCCUUCUAAAAAUUCAUCACCAUAUUUAGCUGCUCAAAAUAAUAUUAGUAGGAGUCGAAAGAAUAGUUCAAAUAUAGGAAGAAGUGGAUCAGUUUCAUCAUUUGCUGGAAAUAUGUCACCACCUGGUCAUUCCACAUAUGAUAAUUGUCAAAUCUACCAAUUUCAACCAUCAGAUGAAUCUAUUUUCGAAGAUUUAACUUAUCCCUAUCAACCAAUGUGGUCAUAUUAUUGGUUUAUAUACAAUAAAAAGAAGAAAAGAGUGACGUUUCUUCAUGUUACUGCAAUCAACACAACACAUUUUAAUAAUAUAUCGAAUAAUAGAAGUGUAAAUGAAGAUGGGAAGAAGAAGGACAACAAAGUUAUAACCCACGACGGGGAAGAUGAUGAAGAGUAUGAUGAAAAUGAUGAAUAUCGUGAUGAAGAAGCAAUUUUGAAUGACGAAAACGAUGAUGUGGUUGGAGAUCUCGAAAUUUAA